GAGGAUUACCUCUUAUCUUUAUCUUCCUCUCCUCGCCUACCCUCGGUCAGAGUUUGCAAAGAGAAAUGUCUUCCUUUACUUGUGGUGAUGUUACUUCAUCUGGGGAAUUUAAUUUUGUAUCCCCCGCCUAUCCUGCUAGUGUUGGACUUGGUAAUCUAACUUGUCAACUUACAGUUGAUCAUGGAUGUCCUCUAACAGAAUCGUCUUCAAUCUGUCAACUGAGAUUGGAUUUUACGGAAAUGGUAGUUCAGCCUCCACUAGUGGGAACCUGCAGAUUGGAUAAAAUGUACCUAAACGCCAACGGAAGGUAUCCAUUACUAUGUGGAGAAAACACGGGGCAUCAUAUGUAUAUAGAUGUAGCUGAUCGUGCAACAACUGAUUUAAACCUGAUGUUGUCUGAUCUCCAAGAAUCUAUGUACUCCUGCCCAGAUAAAUUUGGUAUUUUCAAGGCAACCCCUGCAUCUGAAGGCCUGCGUGAAAUACAAGAUCGACAAUCAGGAAAACAUAUUACUGUUAGUUUAGUAGACUCAGAGAACUUAGCAACAGCUUCAUUCCCCACUAGAAGAGCAUGGAAAAUAAAGGUAGGAUUAAAGGGAUUCCCCACUAUAAGAGCAUGGAAGAUAAAGGUAGGAUUAAAGGGAUUCCCCGCUAGAAGAGCAUGGAAGAUAAAGGUAGGAUUAAAAGGAUUCCACACUAGAAGAGCAUGGAAGAUAAAGGUAGGAUUAAAGGGAUUCCCCACUAGAAGAGCAUGGAAGAUAAAGGUAGGAUUAAAGGGAUUCCCCACUAGAAGAGCAUGGAAGAUAAAGGUAGGAUUAAAGGGAUUCCCCACUAGAAGAGCAUGGAAGAUAAAGGUAGGAUUAAAGGGAUUCCCCACUAGAAGAGCAUGGAAGAUAAAGGUAGGAUUAAAGGGAUUCCCCACUAGAAGAGCAUGGAAGAUAAAGGUAGGAUUAAAGGGAUUCCCCACUAGAAGAGCAUGGAAGAUAAAGGUAGGAUUAAAGGGAUUCCCCACUAGAAGAGCAUGGAAGAUAAAGGUAGGAUUAAAGGGAUUCCCCACUAGAAGAGCAUGGAAGAUAAAGGUAGGAUUAAAGGGAUUCCCCACUAGAAGAGCAUGGAAGAUAAAGGUAGGAUUAAAGGGAUUCCCCACUAGAAGAGCAUGGAAGAUAAAGGUAGGAUUAAAGGGAUUCCCCACUAGAAGAGCAUGGAAGAUAAAGGUAGGAUUAAAGGGAUUCCCCACUAGAAGAGCAUGGAAGAUAAAGGUAGGAUUAAAGGGAUUCCCCACUAGAAGAGCAUGGAAGAUAAAGGUAGGAUUAAAGGGAUUCCCCACUAGAAGAGCAUGGAAGAUAAAGGUAGGAUUAAAGGGAUUCCCCACUAGAAGAGCAUGGAAGAUAAAGGUAGGAUUAAAGGGAUUCCCCACUAGAAGAGCAUGGAAGAUAAAGGUAGGAUUAAAGGGAUUCCCCACUAGAAGAGCAUGGAAGAUAAAGGUAGGAUUAAAGGGAUUCCCCACUAGAAGAGCAUGGAAGAUAAAGGUAGGAUUAAAGGGAUUCCCCACUANCCAGGUACCUUACAUCCAUAUUUAA